GGCUUAUCUGUCAAACAUAUUUCUUAUGGUGCGUUUGACAUUUCAUUAGCUUUUGUUCUUCACAGAUAUCAAAUGCAAUAAAAUAAAUAUCAACGCUAAAAAAUAUAUAGGAAUUCAAACAUAUUAUUAAAUUCGUCAUGCUUGUUUUAGUAUUGGGAGAUUUACACAUACCACACAGAUGUAGUAGUCUUCCAAGUAAAUUUAAGAAAUUGUUGGUGCCUGGUAGAAUACAACAUAUUUUAUGUACAGGUAAUCUCUGUACUAAAGAAUCAUAUGAUUACUUGAAAACACUAGCCAGUGAUGUACAUGUUGUUAGAGGAGAUUUUGAUGAGAAUUUAAACUAUCCAGAACAAAAAGUGGUCACUGUUGGUCAGUUUAGAAUAGGUUUGUCACAUGGACAUCAAGUGGUACCUUGGGGAGAUCCAGAAUCACUAGCUUUAAUUCAAAGACAAUUAGACGUUGAUAUUUUGAUAUCAGGUCAUACACAUAAAUUUGAGGCAUACGAGCAUGAAAACAAAUUUUAUAUUAAUCCUGGUUCAGCAACAGGGGCAUAUAACCCUCUUGAUACAUCAGUUAUCCCAUCUUUUGUUCUAAUGGAUAUUCAAAGCUCAACAGUUGUAACUUAUGUCUAUCAACUUGUUGGUGAUGAAGUAAAAGUUGAACGAAUCGAGUACAAAAAAAAUUAAAAUAUGUAGGAAGAUUAAAAUAUAAGAUAUAUAUCAUAAAUCGAAAAUGGAAUUUCACAAUGAAA